GGGAAAUCCUGUGAGUUAAAUUUAGCGUUCUGGGGAAAUGGUCGGUUAGGCGUCACUUGGUAAAUCGACAAUACCGAUCUCCAAUAGCAGUGACAGAUUUCUGCCCCUGUUAAUAGCUAAGACAAACUACAUAGCUCACAGCCAUGGCUUCACAAGAAGAAGUAGUGAAUGCUCCAGUGCUGGUGAAGACAGAAUUUGAGUUUGACGAGGUACCCAUUGGGAGAGGAGGAUUUGGUACAGUGUAUAGAGCCAGUCAUAAAGACUUUGGAAUUGUGGCAGUGAAAACUCUCAUCGACAAUGGAAUGCUCCCCCAAAAACACAUCAAAAUAUUAACCAAGGAAGCAAAAAAACUGAUACAAGUUUGUGGCCACCCUUCCAUACUGAAACUGUUAGGAACCAUCAUGGAAAAAGACAAUUACUCUUUAAUUCUCGAGUACAUGGCACUGGGGAGUUUAGUGGAUUUCCGUAAAGAAUUCAAUGUACAGUGGCCAGUGAUGUCUCGAAUAAUGACGGACAUUGCAUCAGGAAUGGAAUACUUACACACCCACAAUCCACAGAUACUUCAUCUGGAUCUUAAAGGGGAUAAUAUCUUACUUAACGGGCAGAUCCGUGCUAAGUUAGCAGACUUUGGCUUGUCAGAAUGGAGAACUAUUACCAUGACUGUGACCAGAGGAGGAGAGUCGGCCGGUGGCCGGAGAUGUACGGUCACCCACGUACCUCCUGAGAUCUGGUCAAAUGUGAACCUACCCUCCAGUACCCAUUUUGACAUCUACGGAUUCGGCAUAGCUCUCUGGGAAAUGCUGAGUGGCGGAGUCCCUUACAAAGGUGUGGCCGAUGAUUUGGUACGAUCAGCCGUGUUGAGUGGACAGCGUCCAGAUUUCUCCCAGAUACCCAAGGACUGUUCUCCUAAGUUUACACAACUAAUGACUAGAUGUUGGCACCAGAAGCCAGCCCAGCGUCCAUCAUUCACAGUGAUAAAGAAAGAAGUCGACGCCAUAUACAAAGAUCAGUAUGAAAAAGACAUAGUGAAAGCUUUGAAAAAUAUCAGAUCUGAAAUUGUAGCAGACUACGAACAUGACGACCCUGUGUACACACAAACUGCUGACAUAGACAACAUGCAGAUUCCAACGUUUACUGUCCCCAAAGUACCUGUGCAAACAAGGCAGGAUGUACCAGUGUCCACUGGCAUACAAACACCUUCGAGCUCAAGGCCGGGAGAAGGCUCAAGUCGCGAGACUGGUGAUGUUGCUAUGGAAACAGUUGAAGAGGAAGAGGAUGAUGACUCACCUGUUGAUGUGAAACUGUUAUAAAAUUGAGAAAAACUUGACACCAAAGAGAGGAUGAUGCGAAAGAUUAUACACAAUCCGAUCGCAAUGAGACUAGUACACUCCCCCUAUGCUAAAGAAAUAUUUCGUAUUAGUGAUGAUGUCGUCAAUGAUCUACGAAAUCCAAAGAAAGUUGAACGAAUGAUCCAGAGUGAUUUAACUUUGCAAUGGGAAUUACAAUUUUCAAAGUUUGACAUCCGACGAGAGUUAUCUGGAAUGCAUGCGAAAAAGUUUCAAUCAAACAAUAUUUUGUAUAAUAAGAUUCAUUCGGAUGUUUUGGACAGGGAACGCGGACGUACAUAUCGUAGUGUAAGUUCAAGGUAUGAAACUGAAGGACAGAAAAAACGGGACAGACGAAGGCAACGUGUGGAGGAAACUAUGAACAAAAACCCACAUGUAGGUGGCUUCAAUUCUGGAGGGAACUACUUCCGCCUAAAAAAGGCUCUUGAUAACCCAGCCCAGCUGAGACAGGCAAUGAGAGACCGGGAAAAUGGCACGACUGGUUCCUCCCUCAUCACCAUAGACAGCGAGAUUUUUGAUCUAAUGAAGGACCCCUAUCUUCUGAUAGGAGUACUUUAUCAGGAAACUGAACUUCUGCAUAAGUUGUCAAUGAACUACACUGACAUGUUCCUGAAGAUGCUUCAGGGACUCAAUGGCUACUCCACCUACACAACCUGUCACAACCCUAAUCAAAAUUGGAACCGCAUGCGUAUGUUUGAGAUGAUGCGAUACGCUGAUAAGGACAAGAUAAGAGGUCCAGAAGACCUGAUGAUGAUGAUGGAGAUGGCUGGACCAAGAAUGCGAAAGAACAUGCGACGACACCCGAUGUUUGACAUGGACGAAGAUGACGACGAAAUGCAAAUGAUGAUGAGAGAUAUGAUGAUGAUGAGGGACAUGAGACCGGACAAAAUGGACGACAUGAGAAUGAAUAUGAUGCACCCCAUGCACAGAAUGGAUAUGGAACGCAAGAGAAGAAUGGAAGAUAUGAACAGAGCCUCCAGAAAAGGGUCAGGCUCUAAAUCUCCGGCCUACUAUUCAGUAAACUCUGAUGAACCAAGUGGUAGUUCUGGAAUUAUCGGAUCUGCCGUGGGCAAGGUGAAAGAUUUUCUUACUGGUGGUAAAAGCAAAGAGAAGAAAGAUGAUAAAGAGAAAAAAGACAAUAAAGAAAAGAAAGAUGAAAAGGUCAAGACAGAGAUGAAUGAUGACAAAGAGAAGAAAGAUGAUAAAGAGAAGAAAGAUGAAAAGGACAAGACAGAGAAGAAAAAUGAUAAAGAGAAGAAAGAUGAAAAGGACAAGACAGAGAAGAAAAAUGAUAAAGAGAAGAAAGAUGAAAAGGACAAGACAGAGAAGAAAGAUGACAAAGAGAAGAAAGAUGACAAAAAGAAAAAAGACAAGAAGGUUAAAGAGGAUGAAAAAAACAAGCAGGAACAGACAACACUGGAUAGUGACGAAUUGGAUCAAGAUGGUCCGAAAUCCAACUCCCUGGAGAUUGAUGCGGCCCCGCCUAUUAGGAGAGUUGAGGGUACUCCAGAUAUCAUUCCACGGCCGGUGGAUCGACAUUCCACAUCCCCUGUCCAUGCCCGACCCCAGGGAUCUAGUGGGGGCCAUCCAAGUGAUAGUUCAAUCAGCCGCACUGGCAAUGUAGUGACAUCAACAACAAGUAGUACCACAGUGUCCCCAGCUGUAAGUAAUAAUGUGUCAAGUCUUGGACCAGCAUCAGCAGCAUUGUCCGUGUCUGAGGUGACGCCGAUGGAGAUCGAUCCCUUCCCAUCUCUUAUGACUCUCAAGGACAGUACACCAGAACAGAGCCAUUCAUCAGAGACAAUACCGAAAAAAACCUUCAAUUUCCCAAAUCCUGGGGUAGUCUCGAGGUCUAGCACUGUCAACCCGACCCAACAGGAAUCGGGACAAAGUACACAAAUCUCCGUCCCUCAGGCUUCUGGGAGCCGCAGUGCCACACAGACGCAAGUACGUCCACGCCCCUCAGCUUUCAACUCUUCCCCACCACCAUCUGAGGCAAAAAAGACUAAAAUAACUGAUAAUGAAAGCCUUGAUCAGGAGGUUUCAAUAGACGCUGACCCCAGUAUGGAGACUACUACUACUGCCACCAGCAAAGCCAAGACUUAUUCAACAGAAAGCGGAAACACCCACACAAUUUUCCAUCAACGACCAGAUUGCACCACCAAGAUCACACUGUCUAAUAAAAAGGGAGCUGCCCAGCCAAACAUUCAGAUUGGUGAUGAUAAUUUCAUGGUUGUACAUAGUGGGGCAGGCACAUCAAAUGUCACAAGGAAGCAAAUCCCUGCAAAACUCACCAAGUCAACAAGAAAGGCGACGCCCAAUGACUUUGAGAUUGUAGCUGACAACAUUGGUUCAGAUGUUCGUGUACUGUCCAGGCAACUUGAUAUUAAUUUUUCUGCUAUGGAUCAGAUUGAAAUCGAUUUUAGGUCGGAAGGAACCUACGAGGUGUGUUUCCAGAUGUUGAGGAGAUGGUUAAGUGCAAAUAGAAAGGCUACUAUUGAUGUGUUGGCACGGGCGCUCAGUAAAAUUAACAGGAACGACAUCGCAAACAAGUUACAUUAGUAACUAAUGUUGGAUUGACAAAUAUCCGAUAUAUACUAGAUAGAUAUACGAUAAUUAAGUUAUUGUUGAGAAUGCGACAGUAUUGAAUACAAAUAGUUGUAGUAGUUUUGGGUAAAAUGACAAAUUAAUUUUUUAAGUAAUUCAAAUUGAAAUAAAUAUGCUUAGUAUUUAUAUGUAAAUAUACCAUAUUUAUUUACAAAUAAGCCCCCUUCUUUGUAUUUACAAAAUCAACAAUAUCAAAAUUAUAGUAAUCUAAAAGUGGUUCACAUAUAAGCCCUCCCAGCCUUUCAUUCCGAACUUUUACACAAGGGAUGGAGACUAUUUUUGAGGAUGAAUAUGGUGUAUAGAUUGAUUCUGAUGACAAACAUGCAAUAUGUACAGGAUUUACAAUCCUCCGACAGUCAGCUAACAAAAUUAAUACGAUAAAUGUAGUGCAUCAUUAUCGCCUAAUUAUUAUUUUUGCAAAUGGCUCCAUUGAUAACGGAGUUUUACACUUUAAAACAAGUUGAUUGAAAUAUAGAUAAUUUCAUGAUGCAGUGUAUAAUGAUAGUCUGUAUUUCUUUCAGAUUGACUUUGAAACUUGAUAUAUUUGUGGUGUUUUGGUGACUUGAUUAAUUAAAACUCUAUAACAUAUGUAUUUAGUAGUUAAUACAGCCCAAAAGUCUUUCCAACAUGGAUGUACAAACUUGAUAAGACAAGGCUCUGUAGCAUUUUACAUGGGUACAUAUUCAUAGGUUACACUCAUUAUAGAUUUUAAAUUUUCUUUCUUUUCGGAAACUUUCAAGAAAAUAUUCAAAAGUCAAGACGUUUAAAAACCAAAAAAUUCAAUUACAUUAAUAAGGUAAUGCACAUACAUAUUUGUUUGUUAAUUUGUUUAUUUGUUUUUUGUUUUUUGGUCAUCGAGGUAAAUCAUUACGGUAUAGAUUGUUUUCGUUAUAUGAUAUGUACAUGUAUAUUGCUUUGCAUAGAUCAUUAUUUUCAAAUGUGAUUAUCCUAUUUAUUAUUUCGGGACCUCCUAGACAUCGUUUUUGGUCAAAAUUUUUCAUGCGCAAAACAUACGGAUAGAAGUUUUUUUUUCCGCAUUUUCAGCACCAAAAAGUACCUGCGCAAAUUACACUGUUGCUCAAAUUACACAAGUUUUUAUGGUAAUGAGAAUUUGAGUGUGUCAGAAUUUAAUAACCACAGAAAAGUUGUAACAAUUUAAUAGGAUAAUGCUGCCUCUUUUGUAACAUGCCACAAAAUAGUCCUACAUUGUGGAUCAUAUAUAGAAAACAUGCAUCAAAAUUCAAAAUGCAUUUAGUAGACAAUUUUUCCAUUUAUUUCUUUUCCCAUGUAGAUGAGAUAUGUGCAUGUUAUUACAAAAACAGUUUCACUGUCAUAUAAAGAAAAGGUUUCAUUGCAUUUUGGUAUUUUAAUUGAUUUAAUAUAAUAAAUGAUAUUGCACAGUUAGCACAUACUGUUAUGUUCAUUCUCGGCCCCCAUCGACUAUCAAACUUAUCUCUAUACCAAAAAACAAAGGGAAGUAACUCUGAUAGAUCAGAUACAUAAUACAUCCAAGUCGUGUUACACAUGAUGACAUGACAUAUAUCAUGAUGGAUAUUGGAAGAAAAUUAUGUGGAAUAACAUGACUGUGUAGAGAAGACCAACAUCACAAUAUUGUCUUAGUAUUGGAAACACACUUUUGAGUCAAAAACUUUUGAUUUUCGUUUUUUUUUUCCUGGCAAUUGAUGACAGCUUCUUCACUCUCGUGUAUAUAAUUUUGUGAUAAAUAGCAUAUUACGGUCGUCUCAAUUUGACAUACACCUAGUAAAAGCCCCUGAUCGAUUAUAAGAACUUCUUUAUAAAGACAGUAUGAAAAUGGUUACUUGUGAUUUAAGAUCUUGUAAUGUAUACUAAUUAGCAUAUAUAUGAAGAUUUUAUUCAUAAAAAAAAAUGAAAAAAAAAAAAUGUGAUACCUAUACAUGCAUGUACCAAGCAUUCA